CUGCUCCUCCUGGCGCUGCCGCUGCUGCUGCCGGACAACUUCGGGCUGUGCGAGGCAGGAAUUGAGUAUGGCGAUGUGCUUCCAGAUUCUUUCCCAUCAGCCCCUGCAGAGACCCUCCCCCACUUCCUGCUGGAGCCACAGGAUGCGUACAUUGUCAAGAACAAGCCUGUGGAGCUUAUCUGUAGAGCCAACCCUGCCACCCAAAUCUAUUUCAAGUGCAAUGGCGAGUGGGUCAACCAGAAUGACCAUAUCACAAAGGAGAGCCUGGAUGAGGUCACUGGGAUGCUCGUAAGGGAGGUCCAGAUCGAGGUCUCCCGGCAGCAGGUGGAGGAGCUCUUUGGUUUAGAAGACUACUGGUGCCAGUGCGUGGCGUGGAGUUCUGCUGGGACCACAAAAAGCCGAAGGGCCUAUGUCCGUAUAGCAUACUUGAGGAAGAACUUUGACCAGGAGCCUUUAGGAAAAGAAGUCCCACUGGAACACGAGGUGCUUCUGCAGUGCCGUCCUCCUGAGGGAGUACCACCAGCAGAGGUGGAGUGGCUGAGGAAUGAGGAUAUAAUUGACACCACUCAAGACACCAACUUCCUGAUAACAGUUGAUCAUCACCUCAUAAUCAAGCAGGCCAGGCUUUCAGACACUGCCAACUACACCUGCAUAGCCAAGAACAUUGUAGCCAAACGCCGAAGCACCACAGCCACCGUCAUUGUCUACGUGAAUGGUGGCUGGUCCAUUUGGUCAGAAUGGUCAGCUUGCAACAACCGCUGUGGCCGUGGCUGGCAGAAACGUACCCGUACCUGCACCAACCCAGCUCCUCUCAAUGGUGGUUCCAUCUGUGAGGGACAAGCCUUUCAGAAAACUGCCUGUACCACAAUGUGCCCAGUAGACGGAGCAUGGACAGAGUGGAGCAAGUGGUCAGCCUGCAAUACAGAGUGCACCCACUGGAGGAGCAGGGAAUGCGCUGCUCCAUCCCCAAGGAAUGGAGGCAAGGACUGCAGUGGGGUGCUGCUGGACUCCAAAAACUGCACUGAUGGACUAUGCAUGCAAAAUAAAAGAGUUCUAAGCGAACCCAAAAGUCACUUGUUGGAGGCCACAGGGGACGUGGCUCUAUAUGCCGGCCUAGUUGUGGCUGUCUUUGUUCUUGUCGUUAUCCUGAUGGCGGUUGGGGUGGUUGUGUAUCGACGGAAUUGCCGGGAUUUUGACACUGACAUCACAGACUCCUCAGCUGCCCUAACAGGUGGCUUUCACCCAGUCAACUUCAAGACUUCCCGUCAUGAUACACCUCAGCUGUUGCACCCUUCAAUGCAGCCUGACCUAACUGCCAGUGCUGGUAUAUACCGGGGCCCAAUGUAUGCUCUACAGGACUCAUCUGACAAGAUCCCAAUGACCAACUCCCCCCUCCUUGACCCACUCCCCAAUCUUAAGAUCAAAGUGUAUAACUCCUCCACAGUGUCAUCCUCCCCUGGGCUGCAUGAAGGAGCAGACCUGCUUGGGGCAGUGCCUAUAGGCACCUACUCAGGGGAGACUGCCAGGGACAAUCACUUCAUGAACAUAAGGAACAAGACCAUGGGCUCUCAACAUCUCCUCACCCAGCUUCGUGAGCAUGGGAACAGUGCUAGUGGAACAUUUGGUUACCUGGGAGGAAGGCUUACAAUCCCAGAUACAGGAGUGAGCCUGCUGGUGCCUCAUGGAGCGAUUCCUCAGGGGAAGUUCUAUGAAAUGUACCUGAUCAUCAACAAGGCAGAAAACACUCUUUUACCUUCUGAAGGCACACAGACAGUACUGAGUCCUAUGGUGACCUGUGGACCCACUGGAUUGCUAUUGUGCCGCCCAGUCAUUUUAACUAUCCCUCACUGCGUGGAUAUCAGCUCUUCAGACUGGAUUUUUCAACUGAAAACACAAUCCCAUCAAGGAAACUGGGAGGAAGUUGUGACACUAGAUGAAGAAACUCUGAACACUCCUUGUUACUGCCAGCUUGAAUCCAAGUCUUGCCAUAUCUUACUGGACCAUCUGGGCACCUAUGUUUUUGUGGGAGAGUCAUACUCCAGAUCAGCCAUCAAGAGACUCCAACUAGCCAUCUUUGCACCUGCCAUCUGUACCUCGCUAGAAUAUAGCAUCAAAGUCUACUGCUUGGAGGAUACCCCAGAUGCCCUGAAGGAAGUGCUUGAACUGGAAAAGACGCUGGGCGGUUAUCUGCUAGAGGAACCCAAGCCACUGCUCUUUAAGGACAGUUAUCACAACCUCCGCCUCUCCAUCCAUGAUAUCCCCCACUCACUGUGGAGGAGCAAACUGCUGGCUAAAUACCAGGAGAUUCCUUUUUAUCACAUCUGGAGCGGCAGCCAAAGGGCCCUGCACUGUACCUUCACCCUAGAGAGGUACAGCCAGUCUUCAACAGAGCUCACCUGCAAGAUCUGUGUCCGGCAGGUGGAAGGUGAAGGGCAGAUAUUCCAGUUGCACAUCAUGCUUGGAGAGAAUGCCAGUUCCUUUGAUGCCUUCCACUUGCAUCAUGGCAGUGCUGCAACAACUCAGCUGGGACCAUAUGCUUUCAAGAUCCCCCUGUCCAUCCGGCAGAAAAUCUGCAACAGCCUGGAUGCUCCAAAUUCCAGAGGAAAUGACUGGAGACUUCUUGCUCAGAAACUUUCCAUGGAUAGGUAUCUGAACUACUUUGCCACCAAAGCCAGCCCAACAGGAGUCAUCCUGGACUUAUGGGAAGCCCAGCACCAAGAUGACGGCGAUCUCAAUACCCUGGCUAGUGCCUUGGAAGAGAUGGGCAAGAGUGAGAUGCUGGUUGUCAUGGCAACAGAGGGGGACUGCUGAUGUUGCUUCUAAGUACCUGGUAGUCUUCAGUCAGUGGACAAAGGAGGACAGAGAAGAGGGUGAGAUGAGGAGGAGGAAAAUAGGGAAGGUCCCUUCCUGAACUAGUGGGGUAGGGUUGGGCUCAUUUCUACUUUGCAUUUGGUGGGUUGCUGAGCUGUACUUAGCAAUGAGGUGUAAGAGGAAGUUACUUCUCCACCACCCUAAAUUGCUAGCAAGCCUUAGAAGUCUACCCACACAGUUUACAAGCAAUUCAAGUGUUAAACAAGCUCCCUUCUCCUCCUUGCCAUCCUCUAGUGAAGUGCAAAAGUAACACUUUUUGGUAACCAUGACAACAGCCAUUGGCGGAAGUGGGCAGCUGCUUCCCCUGUGGUCCUGGUCAGUUAGGGCUUCUCAAGUGGGGUUGGGCUUUACUUCGUUUAAUUUGUUUGGAUUCUCCCUCUCUUCCGUCUCCUUUUUCUUUAAUAGCUUUUAUGCUUUGAAGAGUUGAGUACAAUCUAGACAAACUGCUUACUUCUGUCAAGAGCUUCAGAUGGCUUAUUAAGGCAAAAAGAAAGAAAAAAGAAAAAAAAA